CUCGUCCGCGUCGCGCCGCGUUACUUGAAAACUCCGCCGUCCGGCCUCGACGUGUGAGAUACGCGCUCGCGCGCGCGCGCGCGCGCCCCCGAGAAAUUCGCGGUAUUAUUGUCAGUCGCGAGAUCGCGUCUGCGCGUGCAUCGCCUGGCCGAAACGCGCCGAUCUCGCCAGCGAGAUUGCGCAUCGAUAAAUACCCCCUGACAUAUCCCCCCUUCCCCGUCCCGGUAUAUACGCGUAGGAGCGUACGCGCGCGACAGCGAAUCUCGACGGGGUCCCGGAUGCCGGAUGCCUGGCGCGUACCAAGUGAAACGCCGUGAGUGCUCGACUCGCCGGUUGUGCCGCGAGCGCACGUUGCGUCGUCACGACGGACAGGAGUUAUACCGCCGGCGUGCACAUCGACUCCGAGUUUGGCAACGGGAGUGCCACAGGUGUGUGCCGAAAGUGCCGGGAAGUGCGGGAAGUGCCGGAAGUGCCGGCCGAGCGAUUCCCGGAGAGAGCCACGGAAAUUCGGAGCGUAAAUCGUGAAACGAAGGGGGCAGUUAUCAUCGCAGAAAAUCGCCCGUUAUCGAUACAUUCGUACGACAAUUCGAAACGCUGCUAUUCUUCCUCCAAUCGACCGAUGAUGAUGAUAAUGAAUCAAUGUAUAGAACUCAGCGUCGACUCAGCGUAGAUUCAUCGAAUUGACUUCCCCCUCGUCUUUCCGACUUUUUAUUAGGAAGUAUAAGAGGUAUUUAACGUAACGUCUCCGUUAAUCGUAAAUUGCUCCUGCCAAGACUUGUCGAUUUCUAUUAUCUCCUCUAUAUUAAAUCCAAUUGAGAGAUUCUGGAUUCGAAACCUGUUCCACGCUGACUACGCUCUCGCUGCUCAUCCGGAGUUCAAUGGCACUCGCCACUUCGGGCACAUUGUACAGAAAUUUUUCAAGCGUACGCGAGGACAAAAGGUAUACUUGAAACCUCGCUAUCCGACGACCGCGGUAUAACGCCGUAUCUCGAAUAACAAUAUCGUGGAAUUGGGCUUGUUUUGGAAGAUUCCUCCGCGUGGAAAGUAAGAGGAUAUAUACGCAGAACUUCGAGAAGAGAUAGCGAGAGCGAUGUCUUCGAUCGUUCCUCAUCAUUGUUCCUCUGCACUUUUGUAAUUACAAAUCUCUCUCGGCGAAGCGCAUCGCGCUUAUCGUAAUUACAAGCGCGCCUCAAAUUGUGAACGUGUGCCGAGUAUAUUAUUGGGUUACCAUCGGCCUGGUCGGUCCGUGCGUCUAUUAGAAAUCAUUCCAUUCAAGCAGGAACUAUAAACUAACGGUAAACGCGAGUAGCGUUGAAUCGAUUACUGCUAUUUGUGACAGCGCGAUAUUUUGUACCUCGUACCUGCGACACGUGUCAUCGUGCGCACGGCGCUGUGAGUACAAAAUUAUCUUCGGCUUUUAUACGUGGUUGAAAUUUCGAUUAAACAAAAAAAACGUCUCGAGAGCCUUGGAACUUGAGAAUCCCUCAGCGUCUCCGUCCCCGAGUUUCCUGUUGAAUUAUCUUUGACGUUACAUCGUGAAGCAAUUGUAUUGUUAAAAUUUUUUUUCCGUGAGAAUUAACAUUUUACUUCGUGAGAAGAAAGACGAAGAUCGCGAGAAAGGGCGAGCCCGGGAAGAAAAACUUGACUUGAAGAAAGAAUUCUCAUGUGAGGCCAGUGAUCUUUUAUUUAUGAAGACGAUGACCCUCUGUGCGCCGAUUGAAAAUUUCCGGUACGAGCAAAUGCGAAAUUACACAUUUCUUAUCGGAUGAGCGCGAACGCGAACGCGUCGAGCGGCUGAACACGCGAGGCAAGGAUACAGAAAGAAAUUGAGGAAGGAGGAAAAGCGAUGGUGGUGGAGUGGUUAUGCCCUGGACUUAGGCCGACCAGGAGCAACAGGCCUCGCCUUCUGCACUGCAAGGUGAUACUUCUGGACGAGCACGAAUUGUUGCAGGAUGUUUUGAGCUCGAACCUGGGUCAAGAACUAUUGGACAGAGUGUUCAAGCACCUCAACUUGCUGGAGACCUCUUACUUCGGGUUACGUUACCUCGAUCACGGAAAUCAAACGCAAUGGCUCGAUCAAAGUAAGAAACUCGGUAAGCAACUGAAGAUUCACAAAGGCGAUCCCGGAUCGGACGUUCACACUCUCUACUUCGGUGUUAAAUUUUACGCCGCGGAUCCGUGCAAACUCAUCGAAGAGAUCACCAGAUACCAGUUCUUCCUCCAAGUGAAGCAGGACAUCCUGCAGGGAAGGCUACCCGUCUCCUUCGAUUUGGCCGCAGAAUUGGGAGCGUACGUUGUUCAAUCGGAACUCGGCGAUUAUGAUCCCAGACGGCACUCGCCCGGUUACGUCACCGAAUUUCGGUUCCUCGCCAACCAAACCACGGAGCUGGAGAAUCGUAUAGUAGAGAUCCAUAAAACUCUUAUAGGUCAAUUACCCUCGGCGGCGGAAUUAAAUUACCUGGAUAAGGUGAAGUGGUUGGAAAUGUACGGGGUAGACCUGCAUCCUGUUCUGGGCGAGGAUAACGUAGAGUAUUUCCUAGGUCUAACACCGAGCGGGAUAAUACUGCUACGCAACAAGACCAAAGUAGGAAAUUAUUAUUGGCCUCGCAUCAAUAAAAUUUAUUACAAGGGCAGGUACUUUAUGUUGCGAGUGAGCGAGAAGAAUUCCGAGGAGAGGACGCACGGUUUUGAGACGCCGUCGAAGGGAGCCUGCCGUCACCUCUGGAAAUGCUGCCUGGAGCAUCAGGCGUUCUUCCGGCUGAUGGCGACCGGUCCACCGCCUCUCAGCCCUUACUCCCGUUUUCAUUCGUACAGUCCGCAAUCCACUCUGGAGAAGCACGCAGCUAUCAGGCGAAAUCCGCCGCCGUUUCAGCGGACUCCCAGCCGGCGGGCGCAAAGACGAGUCGUCGAGGGCCAAGAGAUGGUCGGCUCGUUCGUCGAAACGCCCGUCACCGUAAUCUCGAGCCCGUGCAGCAAUCCAUCCGGCGGCAACGUUCUGUGCAAUACUCAAAGGCAGCUGAACACCUCGAGUCCGAGGAGCACGAGAAGCGCACCGUGGACGCAGAGCCAGCCUCGCGGCCUUUAUACCUCGUCUAGUCCUCGCUCCGUUCGCUCCGCGGGAACGGCACCGGCGCUCUUAAGUAGACUCCAACGUCGAAGUAGCUCGGUGGAGAGUCAAAGUUCAGGAGAUAGUCAUAGUCGCGGUGGUCAUCGUAGAAGAAGUCAUAGUCAUAGUCACCGUCGACAUAGCAGACAUUCCGACUGUGAGUCUGAGCUCUCGAGGGGCUCGGACACUAGAUCCGGCCACCGGAAGCAUCGUAGGAAACACAGAAACUCUCGUUCCUCCAGCAGACACGAAUUGGUAGAUUCGGAGCCGCAGUGGAGGGAAGUGCAGAAGCGAAAAGGAGAAGGCGUGCAGAAGGCUAUUGUGAGUCAUACGGAGCCCAGAAGAAGACACAGAAGUAGACACCGAAGCCCUUCUCAAAAGCAACCUCUACCGGACGAACUUCGAAAACACCUGGAAUUCGGCCUAGUCGACACCAGCGGGAUGAGCGAGCAACAACGCCGGGAGAUCUCCUACACGGUGGUACAGUCGCAAUCUGUACAGCAAUCCCCGUUACAAACUAACAAUUCUCGAUUGGACGACAUAGAUUCAUCGUCCCUACCUAGAACUGUCGGAUCUGUUGGCAAAAGAGAGAGAAGAGUCGUGGUGCCGCAUAUUCGUGAUGGAAGUUAUAACUUGCUGUCAACAACGUCCAGCAACGGUCGAGUCGAGGUGAAGUUCCCCGACGCUCGAAAUGAGUGUAGCACGAGGAGGAACUUUUAUUAUACUCGUAACAACAGAAUACUAUCGGCUCUAGGCAAUAAUACGGACAGCGGACUCGGGGAGAGUACGCCGCAGGAUUUUUCAAGCUGCUGCUCAAGCUCCGCCGACAGCAGUAAACCUAUCCACGUAACACAAUUGCAAUUAGGGGGAGAGGUACGCUAUGAACUGCCUUCAAAUCAAGAAAUCUACCCUCACGUUGACACUACUCUGGACGCUGUUCUUCAACCCAUUAUAUCAACAUUAACGAGGAGGCAACGGGGCCAUCCGAAAUAAUCGUGAAACUUUAAAUGAAAAAAAUAAAAAAGAAAAAAUAAUAAUAAAGCAGUUU